UCAGGGGAAAGCGCGUGCCCGAGAGCAUGCAAGACUCUAGCUGGGGCUCCCGGGUGUCACACCCACUUUCCUUAUUUGGGAAAGACGGGCCAACCCGAGUCCAUCCAGGCUGGGCUGCGGGGAGGGUGUAGGGGGAAUAAGGAGAGGGGAGAGAGGCUGAAGCAGCAGAGGCAGCAGCAGCAGGAGGUAACACAGCUCCUGCUGCGCCCAUCCUCCUGUUCCCCCCUUCCCCCCUGCCCCGUUAGUGCGUGGAACUUUUCCUUAAUUCACCUCACUAUAGCCCAUCCCUGUCCACCCCCUUUUCUGCUUUUCCAAAGGAUUCCCCUUUCCCCCUAACAUCAUGGAAGAAUUUUUGCAACGAGCCAAAUCCAAACUGAAUCGGAGCAAACGCUUGGAAAAAGUCCAUGUGGUUAUUGGACAUAAGUCAUGUGAUCUGGAUUCACUUAUUUCUGCCUUCACCUAUGCCUACUUUCUAGAUAAGGUCAGUCCUCCUGGUGUUCUGUGUCUGCCAGUGCUAAACAUACCAAGAACAGAAUUUAACUACUUUACUGAGACAAGGUUUAUUUUAGAAGAGCUAAAUAUCUCUGAAUCAUUCCAUAUCUUCCGAGAUGAGAUUAAUCUACAUCAUCUAAAUGAGGAAGGAAAGUUAUCACUAACACUUGUUAACAACAAUGUCCUGUCCAGUGAGGACAGAACUUUAGAAUCUGCUGUUGUCAAAGUCAUUAAUCCAUCUGAAGGAUGUGAUACCAGCUUGGAGUUCCAGGAGUCUUCUUCCUCCCUUGUGGCAAAAGAGAUUCUUCGGGAGGCCCCUGAGUUAGUCACUGAACAACUGGCUCAUCUCCUCAGAGGAAGUAUUCUUUUCAACUGGAUGGCCAUGGAUUCCGAGAAGAUGUCAGAGAAACAGGAAGAAAUUCUUUCCAUUCUAGAAGAGAAAUUUCCUGACUUGCCUCCAAGAGAAGACAUUAUCAGUGUUCUGCAAGAGACCCAGUGCAGUGCUCAGGGUUUAAGUAUUGAACAGACAAUAUUGAAGGAUCUAAAGGAACUGUCAGAUGGAGAAAUAAAAGUAGCAAUUAGUACUGUGUACAUGACCCUUGAGGACUGUAUGUUUCAUAGAAACAUGGCUACUGACCUGAAGAUUUUUACAGAGAAGUACGGCUUUGAUGUACUCAUCCUUUUGGCCAGUUACUUAUCGGAUGAACAACAGACAAGACGACAGAUAGCUGUAUAUUCAGAGAAUGUGGAGCUGUGCAAUCAAAUUUGCUGUGAACUGGAAGAAUGUCAGAAUCCUUGUCUGGAGCUGGAGCCCUUUGAUUGUGGCUGUGAUGAGAUCCUUGUAUAUCAGCAAGAGGAUCCUUUGAUAACUUCUGAUCAGAUGGUUCUCCUGGUUAAGGAAGUCAUUAACAGGAGAUGUUCAGAAAUGGUCUCCAAUAGCCGGACAUCCUCCACUGAAGCUGUGGCUGGAAGUGCACCACUUUCUCAGGGAUCUUCUGGCAUCAUGGAGUUAUAUGGUUCUGAUGUAGAACCACAACCCAGUUCUGUGAAUUUCAUAGAAAACCCUCAGGACCUCAAUGGCUCCAUCCCAGCUCAGGUGGAUGUCAAUGUAGACCUUGUGAGUCCUGAUAGUGGGUUGGCAACUAUUCGGAGCAGCCGGUCUUCCAAGGAGAGCUCAGUUUUCUUAAGUGACGACAGUCCAAUUGGUGAAGGUGCUGGACCUCAUCAUAGCCUCCUCCCAGGAUUUGAUUCCUAUAGUCCCAUCCCAGAAGGGGCAAUAGCUGAGGAACAUAAACCACAGUCUGGAGAGGAUGGUGAACAUUUUGAUCUUUUCAACUUUGACCCAGCACCCAAUGUUUCUGUGCAAUCCCAGUCAUCUUCCCAUUCGGCUGACUAUUCCCCAGCAGAUGACUUCUUUCCCAACAGUGAUUCAUCAGAAGGACAGCCACCCACAGUGCCAAAAGGACUUGAUGAGAUGAAUCUAUUAGGGAGUGACAUGUCUAAUUAUUCAGCAGGUUUACUGAUGACAGUAGCUGAAAAAGAUAACCUUCUGGAAUUUGAUGGGGAAUUUGCCCAGAGGCAGGAAAGCCCUGGGGACCUCUCAGAAAGAACUUUGAGUUUUACCGAUUUUGUGGGAGAUGACUCUCCUCCCUCUGAGAGACUAAAAAAUGUUGGGACAAGAGUCCCACCAACCCCAAUGAAUAGCUUUGUGGAAAGCUCUCCCCUGACAGAGGACCCAACCUUGCUCUUCCCAGAAGACAUGCUGCAAAAAAUAAAUGACUUAGAUCAUACAGGAUCUGCUCAAACCCGUAUGAGGUGCAGCAGCUGGUGGGGUGGUUUAGAAAUUGACUCUAAAAAUCCUGCCCUGCUGAAUGCUGAUGCAUGGAGUUCCAGUGAACAGGAGUCUGUCUUCCAGAGCCCUGAAUCCUGGAAAGAUCAUAAAGCAAGCCCCAUUGAUAGGAGAGCUUCAGAUUCUGUAUAUCAGCAAAAGCAGCCAAGACAUGGGGAAUACUCAAAGCUGGGUCCUUGGGAGACCCAACUUGAACAACACACCAUGGAUAACACUGACACUCACCAACAAAGUGAAGACAAUCCAGAACACCAGAAACUGCCUCCUGAGACAUCACAUGCUUCCCCUCAGGGGACAUGCCACUUGAUAAAAGACUUUGCUGCUGUGUGGGAGCCCAGCCCACCUUCUGUAAUGGAAAGAGAUCCAUGGCAAAAUCCUGCAGAUGAUGGUGAUAGACUGGUGGAUUCAGAGCCCUUCCCUGCCUGGACUAAAUUUAAUAAAGAAGACAACACCAAUUCUCUGAAAAAGGCCUGGAAUGUACCUCAGUUGGACCAAAAUAUGCCUCCCCAAAGGGAUCACGAUGAGUGGGCUAUGGAAAAGAGAGAAUUUCCUUUUUCUGCAGAAGUUCCAUUGGAGAGUUCACCAAAAACUCCAAAUAAUCAAGUGACUUCAGAAGUUUGGGAUGAGAGUAAGGGUGACACCAACAAUGUCCACAUUGAGUCUAAGAAUCCCAGUCUUGAUUCUGAAAUAAUUUGGAAUAAUUCUAAGCUGCUUAGGGAAAAUCAGGAUGGGUUCAGUGGUUCUGACAUCAGGGGAAAAUCAUUUGAAAAGGUAAACACCUGGAACUUGUAUGAAACAAAUGAUAAGGAAGGAGCUCCAGCUCCCUGGGAAGAUUCCUUUUUAUCAUAUAGGUGCUCAGAUUUUAGCACAUCCAAUGUAGGAGAAGAUUUGGUUGCUUCAGAAUUAGAUACCAACUACUCUACAUCAGAUUCCUAUAUAUCACCUACCUUUGUAGGGGAGGAAAAAGAAAUUGAGGACAAAACUUUUUAUCAUGAUAUUAACAUAGCUGCUGAAGAGACCUCACUGAAUAAGUCAAAUGAUGCUGAAAAACUUCCUCAGCCAAUGGAGCUGCCAUCUUACAGAAAUCGAAUUAGUUCAGGCCCUGAGACCCUAGAGAUGUGGACAACACAUACACCAAAUGAUGGCCAGAUUGUGACAGUCAGUUCAGAAACAAAUGUCCCUUCAAAUCUGCAGAAAGAUUUUCACAGCCUAGAAUAUCCAGAUACUAAGAAUUUCUUGACUGAGAAUGAUGCUGGGGAAAGCAGCCAAUCUAGUUAUGAUGAUCCUAGAGUGAUGCAGAUGUAUAACGAAACAAACCGGCAACUGACCCUCAUGCAUAGUGGCACAGAUCCCCGGCAGGCCGCUCCUGAGAAUGUUGACUUGUGGAAUAGAGUCAUCCUUGAGGACACACAGUCUACAGCAACUAUUUCAGAUCUGGAUAAUGACUUAGACUGGGAUGACUGUAGUGGAGGAAUGGAGACUUCCAGAGAAGGGCAAGCUCAAGGAUACAUACAUGAGAGUGUAGAACCAGAAACUCGAUUUUUAGUGAAACAGCUAGAACCAUGGAGUGUUGAGAGUCAGGAGGAUAAUCAGGUAGGAUGGGAGCACCAUAUGCCCUACAAUGCCUCUGAGAAAAGAAAAGAUGCCACCUUCAAUGAAUUCAACUCAUUAGAUGAGAAAAGUGGACAACAAAUCUUUACCAAUAUUUGGGAUACAGUCAUGAAAGAUGACAGCAUGUCAUCUUUAAUGCUGCCUGACUCAUCACCCAUUGUAGAUUCAGAUGAAAACAAAUCACCUUGGGAGACUCUGAGCUCAUCAGAAAAAGUUAAAGACAGCAACAUCUCAGAUAAGCUAGAAAUCUUAGAAAAUGAGCAGAAAGGUGCAUUUACACCUGUCACUCCUCUGGCUGAUUCUGUCAACCAGGAAAUACAAAAAAGUCCUUCAGUGGACAAUGCAGAAUUUUUUGCAACAAGGCCUGAGAGCAAAAAACAUCUUGAGCAUUCAGAUAUUUUAAAGGAUCAGAGUUAUAAACAGAGUGAAGAAGAAAAUAAUAUACAAGAAAAUAUCAAUAAGGAAUAUUUAAUUGAAGAAGAUAUAAGAAGUUCUGAGGUAGAGAGUACAUCAGGAAGUUCAGGAAGAGAGGAAUGUGACCAAGAAGAACUGUUUUCUCCUGUUGCAUUUGAAAAUCAAGGGACUCAUGAUGACUCUGUUAAAAGUAGCUCUCCUUCAGUUGCAUCUAGUCCUCACAUCAAUGAAUUCCCAGAGGAACUGGUAGAAUUCCAGGACAAUACCACUAACCAAGGGACUAGUGGUGCUCAAGCAAAAGGUUCCACAAAUAAACUGAAGACAAAUAAUGCCUGUGAGAAACAUUUCAUGAAUCAGGAAAACCCAGUUGACACAGCUAAUAUUUUAUCAAUUCAGAAUGAAUCUGUAAAAGAUCAUGGAUUAUCUGAAAUGAACCUUGAGGAAAAUGAAACAUAUAAAAUUUGGGGACUGGAGGCUAUAUCCACAGAGAAUGUAGACAAGGUGCCUCUUAAAAGUCCUCAGAGUCCUGAUAUUUGGAAUGCAUGCAUAAGUGGAGAUUCUCAAUCCAAUGGAACAAGUCUUGAAUUAAAUGAAGACCAUGAAAUGAAAAAUAUUAGACAUCAUCUUGCUAUAGAAGAUUUUCAAACAGGAAAUGGUGAGGAUGAUAUUAUGUCCAGUGAGUAUACACAUUCAAGUGCAUCAAGCCCUGAUCUAAGUGAUCCAUCUGCUGCUAUGUCCAGCUUUGGUGAUAUGAAGACUGUGGACUAUCAGAGAAAGAAUCAAGAUGACUGGAGUGUCAAGAAUAAUGAAAACUCUGAACUUGCUUCCAUUGGUGCCCAGCCAGAAAUGGUGCCCCAAAUGGGAGACUUACAGGGGGAAAUGAUGGAUGAACUUCAAAAGGUUAUAGAACACAAAGUUCCUAAAAGUUUAGAUAUCUGGAAUACCCAAGUGGAUAAUGAUGACUCCCUUUCUUCUUUAUCAACCCCAGAUGGAGGCAAUACUUCUCAAAAUUCAGGGUCUCAGGAAAGAAGUUCAGAAGGUAAUCAAUACCCAAAAAAUGAGCAUGAAAUUCCUGAAACAGCACUCAAUAAUGAUAUUAAGUCCAUUAUAACAAGCUCAGGGACUAAUAGCAGCCCUCAUGGUGAAGAUAAACUGGAGAAAGAAGUUCAUUUGAUGCCUUCCCAAGCAGAUUUGCAGAAGGAUUCUAGGAUAUGGAAUAUAUUUAAUCAAAAAAAUGUAUGUUUGACCAUAGCUGACCAUGAAAGUCAGAACUUUUCUGAAGAUAGAGAUUCCUGGAAAACAACCAAAGGAGAGAGUCAAGGAAGCCCAUUCUAUGAAGACCAAAGCAGUCCUGAUCAUUGGAAUUUCUCACCUUUGAAUAAAACUGAGGAACAGGCAUCUGAAUUUAGUGAGGAGGCAAAAUGUUCUCCAGAGACACUGAAGAUUGAAGAUGUAACACCAGAGGCAUCAUUACAAAUGUCUCCCAAAAAUGAGUCAGAAGUAAAGCGUAAGUCCAAAGAAGAAACUCUUGGAUUUUCAGCUGAGGGAGAAGAGUGGUGGAAUACUUGGCCCCAGAAAAAGAGUCCUAAGGAAAUGAAACACUCUGAUUCACAUGGUAUUUUGAAAGAGACCUCUUUUGUAGGCCAGAAGGUAGAUCCAUGGAAUGUACUCAUUCAGGGUGAUUUUGAAUCCAAGGAAUUACAUCAUGUUGAUCCUUUCACAGAUGAAAACCAGUCACCCUUUCAAUGUAAUAAUGAGAAAAUUGAUGAACCACUUUGGAACAUCCAACCAACACAAAUAGCCUCAGAUAAUAUACAGAUGGAACAGUCUGAUGAAUUUGACUCAAGUCAAGAAGAAAGGGAUUUCAAAGAACAACUAUUCAUAUCAGCUCCUGCUGAGUCUGUGCCUAAAAGCCAUGCCCAAGAACCAUGUCAAGACAGUGUUUUUCCUGCUCUGGAUCAGCCAGACUCAGAACUUCCUCAUGCAAAUGAUUCUAUUACUAUCAGCCCUUCCUCUCAAAUGACAAUAGAGUCUAACCCUGAAUGGAAUAGUUCUCUACCUGCUGAGGUCUCUCAAGGUACAUUUGUCCCAGAUAUUUUGCAUGAAAAUUUCCAGGAAGGUAGGCAAAUUAUCUCAGCUAUGCCUGAUCUCUGGACUGCUACUGAACAGCCCUUUGCUCUGAAAGCUGAUGGUGAAAAUCCAGAUAUAUUGAGUCACUGUGACCAAGACAGCAACUCUCAGUCUUCUACCAGUCCUGAUGUGUGUCAUGAAUAUGAAAUGAAGGAAGAGGCUGGGCAGCAUCUUGCCCAAGCUUCAGCCAGCCCUAGAGGGGAAGCUAGUGAGUUUUAUCUCACUGAAUUAGAGGGAAAUGAAGAAGCCAAUAUGGUUGCUGGACAGAAACCUGCCACUCACGAUGUGGGAAUGCAUUCUGAAAAACAAUUUUCCUUCCAUCCAAAUAAUGAACAAGUAAAUGUUGACAAAUUAGAUCUUUCAUUCUCUCCCAGAACUUCCUCUGAGCUUUCUGAACUGACUAACAGUGGUAACGAUGGUGCAAACAUAGGAGAAUUCAAAGGUGAAACAACCCUAGAAAUAGCAUCAGUUUUGAGACCAUUGGGAAUGGAGAGUUUUACUGUUGAAAACAUGGGCUCCUCUGCUACCAUGAUUCCCCAGACACCAGCUACUAUAGAGGUGAACAGCUCUUGUGUAGCCGGUGAUAUCUUUCCUGAAAGUAAACAAGAUACAAGUGCCCUGAUUAACACUGAAAAACCUUUAACUGAUGAAGAGCCAGAAGCCAAUACUGGGACUCUAACAGCCACAGGCCCUUUUUAUGAUAGAAAUGAGGCUAUUGUAGGACACAGUUUCAAUGGUGUGAUGAACACUUCCAAUGGGACAAUGAGGGGCAUGGAAGAAUCACCAUCAGAAGAGUAUCACCCUGAAAAUUCUACAGGAAGACCAACUCUCUCUCCCUCAACAGCCACUUGGGGAGAUUUUGAAGAGAGUGCAGUGGUUACCAAUUUUGAUGAAGGAGCAAUAAAAGAACCUGAACACUUCCAAUAUGGUGGUGAACCUCUCCUGGAGGAGCCUUCCACCAAACAUCCACUCAUGCCAUAUACACCUCCCUUUGAUUUGACAUUUCUCACGGAGGCACCCCAAAGCUCCACAAAGGAGAGGGAAGUGCUCUCAGAUGAGGAACAAUCUUCUGAUAGUGAAAUGGAAGAACUAAUGUUCCCCACAUUGCCGUCCAGAAAAGAUACCACGAGCCACUCAGAGGAAAGAGACGGUAAGGCCAGGCACCAGUUGCUUGAAUUAUAUAUAGAGGAAGAUCCCGAGCCAGCAUCCUUGCCAUUAGAAUCUGGUUCCAAUCUUGGGUCAGCUCGUAAUUCUGAUUCACCAGCAGGUGGAGACAUGAGGCCACCUAAUGGUGAUAUCCCAAAUCCGUUAGAUUUUGGAGUGGAAUUUGUUUCUAGCAAGGAUCAUGAGCCAAGAACAGGAAAGACGGGAGACACACGUAUGGAGAUGAAUGAGGACCAGAGUGCACUACAGAUGGAUUAUAUUCUUGUUGACCAUGAAGAAAACUUCCCUGAGAGGAAGGUUCCCCUUGAACCAAAGGAAAGCAAAUCUGAAUUACAAGAAGUCAAUGUGGAGUCAGAACAAAUGGAGGUUCCAGGAGAGCUUUUAGCAGCCGCUCAGGAGAUAUUCCAGGCCACUGCAAUAAAUGAAAGGAAAGGCCAGUCUGCCAUGGGACCUUUAGUAGAGAAUGUUUCUUACACUGUGCCUCCAAAGCUGGAAGAUGAAAGGACAUCUCUAGAAAGCCCUAGACAAAGCCCCGGAUGGAUGGUCUUGGGCCCCAGUGAGGUUUACAGUGCAUCACCUGAACAGAGUUCCAGCCAGCCAGAAACAGGGAACUUGGGGUCGGGACAUUCAAUCAUGGCUGAAGAUCAGAAGCUGAGAGAAGCUGAACAAAUUGAGGUCUGUGCAGAGACAAAGAAAAAGAAUCCUUAUGAAUCUUUGAGACAGGAGAAAUCUGCAAGGAAAAAUAAGGAUAAGGGCACAAACGAGACGGAUUCAGGGGCUCUUUUGCUAAAAGUGGUUGCCCAUGAAAAUGAAUGGGAAAUGCUGUCACCCCAGCUUUCUGAAGGUAGCAUUGCCCCAGAAAAGGAAAUGGAGGAGGAAACAGAGUUUCUUGACUUUGAACCAAGAGAACGGAGCCCAAGAAGACCACUAGCAGAUGAUGUAGGAAUGGAUAUCCCCUUCGAAGAGGGAGAGCUAAGUCCCAAUUCUACAGACAUGAGACCUGAACCACCUAAUUCUCUGGAUCUUGAUGGCUCUCAUCCCCGGAGAAUAAAACUCACAGCCCCAAAUAUCAACCUUUCUCUGGACCAGAGUGAAGGAUCUGUUCUCUCGGAUGAUAACCUAGAGAGCCCAGAUGAAAUUGACAUCAAUGUGGACGACCUGGACACUCCGGAUGAAGCUGAUUCUUUUGAAUACACUGUCCAUGAAGACCCAGCAGCCCUCCAAGAUUCUGGCCAGGAGGCAGAGUCCAUCCCAGAAUACACUGCUGAGGAGGAGCGGGAGGACAAUCGGUUGUGGAGGACAGUCGUGAUUGGCGAGCAGGAACAAAGAAUUGACAUGAAAGUCAUAGAGCCUUACAAAAGAGUCAUUUCUCAUGGAGGAGAUUCAGGUAAUCUGUGCAAUGAUCCUGGAAAAUGAUCUCCACCAGCUGAGGAGAAAAUUUACCUGCUGGUGUGUGUGUGCAUGUGUAUGUGUUGGUGUGAGACUGUGACAUCCUUUCUUCUCUCUCCAUUCCCAUUGCUGGCCAGCAAACUUAUGUUACAUUCCUUUCAUUCUUCUCUUUGCUGCUGCAGGUAAGGCUUGUAGUUAUUGCUGUAGAGGUUAACCAGAGACUCAGGAGAGGCUGGUUACUUGGCCUCAGCAAUUGCUUUUGUCCAUUCCUCUUGUUAAUGGAAUAGAGAGAUGUUUAAAGCCACCACCACCACCACCACCCAAACCUAGAGAACACAUUGGGCAGUUAGGUGGCACAGCAGAUAGACGAGUACUAGAUCUGAAAUCAGCAAAACUCAUCUUCCUGAGUUCAAAUCUAGUCUCAGACACUUAUUACCUAUGUGACCCUGGGCAAGUCAUGUAACCCUAUUUACCUCUUUCUUCAUCCAUAAAAUGAUUUGGAGAAGGAAAUGGCAAACCAAUCCAGUAUCUUUGCCUAGACUCCAAAUGUAUUUAUUGAGUUAGACGCAACUGAAAUGACUAAAAACAGACAAGAGAACAUUUAUUUAUGACAUAACACAAGAAUGGACAAUGGAGUAAUUUAAGAGAGCAAUAAGUAUUCUUUCAGUCAGAUAAUUUGUGGUAAAUCACACCCAACCAUGUUAUAAAGAGAACAUUGAAGCAUCUGACUAAGAUGAAUUUUAAUACCUCUUAUGAUACGGUGUCUAUAAUCCCUAGACUUAGUUUUUGUUAAUGCCCCAGAAAUUGUUCAACAAAUCUUUUCUUCAUUUUAUUUUAUGAAAUAAAAUGAAGAAAAGAUUUGUAGAAGAUAUUUUAAAGAAAUAUGUACCCUACGUGCUAAACCAAUUUCUUCAAAUUAUUUUUAGUAAAAUUCUUUUCUGAGGCAAAACUUGCCAAAGACAUCUUUACCUAAGACCCUUUAUCUCUAACUUUAGAAACACAAAGUUUAUAAUUCAAGCUCAAUAGAGAAAUGGUGGGUGGAGACUCUGAAAUAUUGAGUUACAUUAAUGGAUAUCAUGUUCUGGGCAGUAAUAUUUCUAGCUUUAGAAAACAGUUUUAAAAAGAGCUGGCUGGUUUUGAGGCAAUGGAAUAUUUACAAAUUCAGGAAACUGAUCAGUCACUUUUCCUUUUUUCUAUUUUUGAACAAUUUCAUGGUAGAAUCAAUCAACAAUUAUUUAUUAAACAUCUCAUAUGUGCCAGCAAUUGUGCUUGGUAUGGAGGAUAUAGUAAAAUGUAUGAAACAAUCCUUGCUUCUGAGUAACUUAAAUUCUAAGAAAAGUAGCAAUGAGUAUAUGUGGCAUUAUCAAUACAAAGUAAAUAAAUAUAGAAUAAAGAAAAAAAUCUGUGACAAUCCUCUAUCAUAGACAUCACUUUUGGUAACUGAAUGAUGGGUAGAAACUGCCAAAGUGAGCAGGAUCAAAAUGGACAAAAGAUUUAUAUUUAUCCUUCAAUAUGUUUUCAAGCUAAUCCAUUUUGAAACUAUACUAUGUGCUGGGCACUGGAGGUACAAAGAUAAAGAAGUAGUACCAGUUUUCAAAAAGCCAUUCUAUUCAGAUACACUAACUAUGGAUUGGUCUCUUUAUAGUUAUUAUUAUUAUUAUUAUUAUUUGCAAUCUAGUCCUCUUUAGGGACCAGCCUCUGAAACCGUUUCUGAAUCAAAAGUGCCCAAAUCUCCUUCAAUCAAGCACUCUCCUCAUACCCUUUCUCUUGAUCCCAUAGCCACCUUUAAGUGCACAAAUCCUCAUCCUACACAUUUGUGAGCUUUGAGGAAAUGAAGUAGAUUGAUUUUCUAGGGAACAGUAAGAUCAGGCUUGGGAGCAUGGCCUCUAAGCACACUCAGAGGACUAUGAAAAUAGAUUCAUUUGAUAACUCAAUUGUCAUUUAUCUACCAGCAUGCUUUAUUUCCAAGCUGAGCUGAUGGCAAAUCUUGGGAUUCUUGAGCAAAAUCCAUUUAAAAGCAGAAGUGCCAGGGGGGCAGCUGGGUGGCUUAGUGGAUUGAGAGUCAGACCUAGAGAUGGGAGGUCCUAGGUUCAAAUCUGGCCUCAGACACUUCCCAGCUAUGUGACCCUGGACAAGUCACUUAACACAGUAUUGACUCCAAGACCAAGAUGGAAGGUACAGGUUUAAAAAAUAAAUUAAAAAUUAAAAAAAAAGCAGAAGUGCUGCUUGAAUCACCUUCAUGACCUAAUAGGAAACUUCCAAUUUCCUCCCUUCCAACAUGAAUAUUGACCAAGACUUAGCCCCAAAUUCUGAGAAAAAGCACAAAUUAGUACAUAUUAGCCUACCUUUGCCUUUAUUGUGUGCAGAAGUUGGGCCCUUCUCUGAAAUUUGUUCUUUUAAGUCUCAUAAAAGAGCAUAGUGUAAUGGCCAAUCAUGGAGUCAGGAAAGCCUGGUUUUGAAUCAUGUCUCUGAAAGGUACUAGUUUAUGGAGUCAUAGGCAAGUCCCUUAGUCUCUCAUUGCCCCCAAGCAAUUUUCUCAGGCCUAAAGUUACAGAGGAGUUGGCAAUCUAUAUAAGGAAAAACAUUUCCCUCACUUGGAGUGUGGGAGUACACAAUGCAAUCACAAAUUCAUAACAAAAACAACCCUCAAAAAUCAAUUUCAGAGAAUCUGUGGACCCACCAAAAUUCAAUCUGGUCUAGAAAAUUUGUGUCGACUCAAUGAUCAGGAUUACUCUCAAUCCAUUUCUACCCCCUUAUUAUUCCCUUUUUGUUUUGUUUUGUUUUUCCUCUCAUUACUCUUAAUAUCAUCCAUUUGUCUUUAGCCAAUUCUCAUUUCCCCAGACACAUAAAUGCUCAUAAAACCCUAGUGUAAAAGAAAGUCAGGGCAUGUUCAUUCAGUCCCUCAUUAAGCCCAGUGUUAUUCCUUUAAUGGACUAGGUACUUAAGCCCAUGUUUAUUAAUGGAUGGAUCAGAAUAUCUCACAUAUUCUUUAACUGAUGGAUUCAUCUUGAGGAUUCCCAAUGGAGCCAAAAUAAAGGUUGUUUUUGUUCAUAGAUCACAAAUGACCUGUAACUAAAAUGAGUGGAAAUUGAAUUCUUUCACAUUUUAUCUUUCAAGUUUCCCCUUCAACUUAGCUCAUAUGCAGGAGCAUAAAAAAGGCAAAGAUGAUAGGGGAAAGUCACAUGCUAUAGAGGAAAGAAUGCUGGAUUUAGAGUCAUGAAACCUGGAUGUAAAUCCUAGUUCUAACAUAACACUAGCUGUAAAACCAUAGGUGAGUCACCGCUUGGAAGCCCAGUUUCUUCAUCUGUCAGAUACAAUGAUGCUUAUACUACAAUAUUGUGGGGAAAAUGUUUAUGAAUCUAAAUGUACCCUAUUAAUAGGAUAGAAAUGGAAGCCUUUUUCCUUGACUUCACAAAGAAAACAAUUAUUAGUUGCUUUCUUUCUUCUUUACCCAUUCUCUCCACCAUUUUUGUUCCUAUUCCUUGCUAAAAGUUUAUCCUUUCCCUGUCCUCCUUAAACGUAUCUAUCUUGCUCUAUAGGUUUAUUUGUACAGGUAUGGGUUUAUGGGAGAGGUUGUGGGUUAGUUAGCCAGGAGAGGAAAUCCUGGAUGGAAGUUUUGUUUCAGGCAUCUACUGACUGCAUGAUCUUGGCCAAUUCACUCAAUCUCUCAGGGGGCAGGGCAACUUUCCAAGACUCUUAAGUGUCAGAGAAGGUUCUGGUCUCCAGUGGGAGAGAGCAAGUUUCCUUCUCCAGGAAGGUGUUCUCUACACGGAUGCAAUCAAAGGUCUCAUCUGUCAGUUCAUCAGUGAUCUGGGACUGCAUUGCCAGGUGGAUUCCCUCCAUCAGUAGAGACCAGCACACCUCUAUCUAUGCCUUAGAUAAAUCUUAGAGGGAUGUGAAGCUCAGAGACAUUAAGUCACUUGCUCUUGGUCCUGCAGUAUGAAACACAGGAGUUAAAUUCAUGUGGCCACAAUCAAGUCACAGAUCCACUGAUCCUUGCUUUCCAAUCUCUAAAAUAGAGAUAAAAAUGCCUUUCGUCCCUAAUAGCAGGGUAUUGUUAAGUUCAUAUCUUGAGGGCAGCUAGGUGGUACAGUGGAGAGUGCUGGAGAUGAGUCAGGAAGACUUCUCUUCCUGAAUUCAAAUUCAAUCCCAGAUACUUACUAGCUGUGUGACCCUCAGCAAGUCACUUAGCCCUGUUUGCCUCAGUUUCCUCAUCUGUAAAAUGAGCUGGAGAAGGAAAUGGCAAACCACUCCAAUAUUUUUUGCCAAGAAAACCCCAAAUAGAGUAAAAAAGAGUCAGACAUGACUGAAAAUGACUGAACUAAAACCAAAAGUAGUCUCUGAAAAGUGGUUCUCAAACUUUAAAAAGCCCAGUAUAGAUGUAUGUAUAUACAUAUAUUCUAAGACUACCACAGCCUCCUUUCUGUUCAUUUUUAUCUUGUUAAGGGUUUUUUUCCCCCUUCAGUUACAAAUGUCUUUUUG